UUUUCUACAAACACACUUGAACGAACAUUUCCACCGAUUCUUAAUGACAAACAAAACCAGACAAACGGAGCCUUUCAACAAUCUCUUUGCGUGACACAGACGACGGAACCUCUACCAGAAGAUUGUGCCAGUAUCUAUAAACAACAACUGAACCGAACCAGCGGUGUCUACAAGAUUCAGCCACGGUUUUUGAAUCAGUCGAUCUCUGUAUACUGUGAUAUGGAGACAUCAGGAGGAGGGUGGACGUUGAUCCAAAGAAGAAGAGAUUUUGGAAAACCAGUUGAAAGUUUUUACAGAUCUUGGGAAGAAUACAAAAAUGGUUUUGGAAACUUAACCAAGGAGUUUUGGUUAGGAAAUGACAUCAUCUUCUCGUUGACCAAUCAAAACAACAUGGUGCUCCGUGUUGAUUUGGAAGACUUUGAAGGAGUUCGAAGAUAUGCAGAACAUGAUGAGUUCUUAGUACGAAGUGAAAUAGAUCUUUAUAAAAUGAGUUUCAAGACGUACAAGGGUGACGCGGGAAAUUCUCUCGCUCACCACAACAACAUGAUGUUCAGCACCAAGGAUAAAGACAACGAUAAACACAAAGGCAGUUGUGCUCAAGCACACAAAGGCGGAUGGUGGUAUAAUAACUGUCACAGCACAAACUUAAACGGCUUUUAUUACACAGUAGAUAAGGUAGACACUACAGGUAUUACUUGGCAUGAGUGGAAAAGUAAACACAGCACAUUAAAGACAAGCGAAAUGAAAAUAAGACCUGUGGAUUUUAUUAAUGAAUUUUAUCUGAGUGUCAACAGACUUCAACCAAAUGUAAUUACGAGAAACCCAUAGUUUGGAGACCCUUUUCAAAAUGUUGCAUAUUUGUUAACUGAAAUAAAUACUUCAACCAAAUACACACACAUAUAUAUUCUGGUGGAUCAGUAUAUCUCUUACUUUGAUCUAAUAUGUU